AUGGCCUCCGAACAAUUGCGCAUUCUCAUUGUUGGCAAUGGUGGCCGUGAGCAUGCUUUCGCCUGGAAGCUGAGCGAGUCCCCCUUGGUCGACAUCAUCUAUGUUGCUCCCGGAAACGGUGGCACAGGCCGGGGCAACAGCAAGAUCACCAAUGCCAAUAUCAAGGGUGACGAUUACCCCGGCCUCGUGGCAUUCGCACAGAAGAACCAGGUGAACCUCGUGGUGCCAGGCCCCGAAGCACCUCUCGUUGAUGGCAUCCAGGGUUAUUUCCAGGCUGUCGGAAUUCGAUGCUUCGGUCCGUCCAAGGCUGCUGCCCGCAUGGAGGGCUCCAAGACCUUCUCCAAGGACUUCAUGCAGCGUCACCAGAUCCCCACCGCUGAAUUCGGCAACUUCUCUGACUACGAGUCCGCACGUCAAUACCUUGACUCUGUAUCGCACAAUGUGGUCAUCAAGGCCGAUGGCCUGGCUGGUGGUAAGGGUGUCAUCAUGCCCACUACCAAAGAGGAGGCCCACAAGGCCUUGAAGGAAAUGAUGGUGGACCACCAGUUCGGCAAGGCUGGUGACGAGGUCGUGAUCGAGGAGUGCUUGGAGGGUGAUGAGCUGAGUAUCCUCACUUUCAGUGACGGUUAUACCAUCCGCUCGCUUCCUCCAGCGCAAGACCACAAGCGCAUCUUCGAUGGCGACCAAGGCCCCAACACCGGUGGCAUGGGCUGCUACGCGCCUACCCGCAUUGCGCCGAAGGAGGUUGUGGAUGAGAUUGACCGGACCAUCAUUCAGCCUUCCGUUGACGGAAUGCGAAAGGACGGCUUCCCCUUUGUUGGUAUCUUGUUCACUGGUCUCAUGAUGACCAAGAAUGGACCCAAGGUCCUUGAGUACAAUGUCCGCGGUGGAGACCCAGAGACCCAGACUCUGCUGCCCCUGCUCAGCAAGGACACCGAUCUUGCACAGAUAAUGGUGGCCUGUGCUGACCACUGGCUGGACGGUGUCUCAAUCAAGAUCGAGCCCAAAUUCUCCACCACCGUCAUUGCUGUUGCUGGCGGCUACCCCAACGCCUAUGCCAAGGGCAAGACCAUCACUCUGGCCCCCGAGCCUGCUGGAACCCUCAUCUUCCACGCUGGUACAACUUUGUCCGGCAACGAGUUGCAAACCUCUGGAGGCCGCGUAAUCGCCUCCACGGCCACCGCCUCAACCCUUGAGGAGGCCGUUGCUAAGAGUUACGAAGGAAUCAAGACCAUCAGCUUUGAGGACAUGUUCUACCGCAAGGACAUUGCCCACCGCGCGUUCCGCCAGACCGCCAGCACCUCGCUCACCUACGCCCAAGCCGGUGUCUCCAUCGACGCCGGCAACGAGCUCGUCAACCAGAUCAAGAGCUCUGUCCGCCGUACCAAGCGCCCCGGCACUGACGCCGUCAUCGGUGGCUUCGGUGGUCUCUUCUCCCUGCCCGCUGCCAACUCCGCGUACCACCCUCACUCCCCAACCCUAAUUGGAGCCAUUGAUGGUGUCGGCACCAAGCUCAAGAUCGCCCACUCAAUCGGCAUCCAUGACACCGUCGGUAUCGAUCUUGUCGCCAUGAACGUCAACGAUCUCGUCGUCCAAGGUGCCGAGCCCCUCUUCUUCCUGGACUGCUACUCCUGCGGUCACCUUGACGUGCCCACCGCUGCAGCCUUCGUUCAUGGUGUUGCCGAGGGCUGUGUCCAAGCUGGCUGUGCCCUGAUCGGCGGUGAGACCGCCGAGAUGCCCGGCCUCUUCGUCGACGACUCCUACGAUGCCGUCGGUGCCGCCGUCGGCGCUAUUAACACCACGGGUGACAACGCUCGUGCCAUCCUCCCGCACACAGAAAACAUGCGCGCUGGCGAUGUUCUUCUCGCGCUCGGCUCGUCCGGCCCCCACUCGAACGGCUACUCUCUCGUCCGUAAGAUCGUCGAGCGUGCCGGCCUGAGCUACACCGACCCCGCACCUUUCUCCAUGCCCGGUCUCGACGCCGGCGUCUCCGUCGGCCGUGCCCUCCUCACCCCGACCCGCAUCUACGUCAAGUCCAUCCUCAGCGCACUGAACACCCACGGUGCUGCCAUCAAGGGUCUUGCUCACAUCACCGGCGGUGGUCUCACUGAGAACAUCCCCCGCAUGCUCCCCGACUCCCUCACUGCUCAGGUUGACGUCAGCACCUGGGCCCAGCCUUCUGUCUUCACUUGGCUCCAGCGUGCCGGUAACGUCUCCUCUGUUGAGAUGGCUCGUGCCUUCAACUGUGGUGUUGGUAUGAUCAUUGCCGUCGACCCCGCCUCCGAGGCCGCUAUCCGUCAGACCUUCGAGGCUGCUGGUGAGUCUGUUUACCGCGUUGGUGAGCUGCGUGCUCGGGGCGAGGGCGAAGAGGGCUGUGUCCUGUCUGGACUUGAGUCUUGGUCUUCGUAA